AUGGGACGCCGGGCGCGCGGCCGGCGGCUCCAGCAGCAUCAGCAGCGGCCCGAGGGCGGGGAGGACGCGGCCGAGCGCGGCGGCAGGAAGCGCAGCGCGGCGGGCUGGGAAGGCGGGUACCCCGAGAUCAUCAAAGAGAACAAGCUGUUUGAGCACUACUACCAGGAGCUCAAGAUUGUGCCCGAGGGCGAGUGGGAACAGUUUAUGGGGGCGCUGCGGGAGCCCCUCCCAGCCACCAUAAGGAUUACCGGGUACAAAAGCCACGCUAAAGAGAUCCUCCACUGCUUAAAGAACAAGUACUUUAAGGAACUGGAGAAUCUAGAAGUGGAUGGGCAAAAGGUUGAAGUCCCGCAGCCCCUGAGCUGGUACCCUGAAGAACUUGCAUGGCACACGAACUUAAGCCGGAAAAUCCUCAGGAAGUCACCACAGCUGGAGAAGUUCCAUCAGUUUCUGGUUAGCGAAACAGAAUCUGGGAACAUCAGCCGUCAGGAGGCCGUGAGCAUGAUCCCACCUCUGCUGCUCAAUGUCCAGCCCCAUCACAAGAUUCUGGACAUGUGUGCAGCACCUGGAUCAAAAACCGCCCAGCUGAUUGAGAUGCUGCAUGCUGACAUGAACAUCCCCUUCCCAGAGGGCUUUGUCAUUGCGAACGAUGUGGACAACAAGCGCUGCUACCUGCUUGUCCACCAGGCCAAGAGGCUGAGCAGCCCCUGCAUUAUGGUGGUCAACCAUGAUGCGUCGAGCAUCCCGAGGCUGCAAGUGGAUGUGGAUGGCCGUAAGGAGGUGCUCUUCUAUGACCGAGUCCUGUGCGACGUGCCCUGCAGUGGCGACGGUACCAUGCGGAAGAACAUCGACGUCUGGAAGAAGUGGAGCACCUUGAACAGCCUGCAGCUGCAUGGCCUCCAGCUGCGGAUCGCCACUCGGGGAGCAGAACAGCUGGCUGAAGGUGGACGGAUGGUCUACUCCACCUGCUCCCUGAACCCCAUCGAGGAUGAAGCCGUCAUCGCUGCUCUGUUGGAGAAAAGCGAAGGGGCUCUGGAGCUGGCUGAUGUGUCCUCGGAGCUGCCAGGGCUGAAGCGGAUGCCUGGACUGUCCCAGUGGAAGGUCAUGACAAAGGACGGUCAGUGGUUUACAGACUGGGAGGAGGUCCCUCACAACAGACACACACAGAUCCGACCCACCAUGUUCCCCCCCAAGGACCAGCAGAAACUGCAGGCCAUGAAUCUCCAUCGGUGCCUUAGAAUAUUACCACAUCAUCAAAAUACUGGAGGAUUCUUUGUGGCCGUUUUAGUAAAGAACUCCCCAAUGCCGUGGAAUAAACGACAGCCAAAGCUUCCAGGUAAACCUGCAGAGACCAGAGCAGCAGUGCAGUCAGACUCCACAGCGUCCACUGGAGACAAGGCUGUGGAGGCCUCUGAAGUGGGCAGCAAACCGCUUAGUGAAGGGGUUGACGCAGAGGGGAUCCAGAGAACAGAAGAUGCCGAGAACGACAGCAGCAAGCGAGACGGCGUGUGUGGCCCCCCUCCAUCAAAGAAAAUGAAGCUGUUUGGAUUUAAAGAAGAUCCGUUUGUGUUUAUUCCUGAGGAUGACCCUCUGUUUCCCCCGAUCCAGAAGUUUUACGCUCUGGACUCUUCCUUCCCCAAGAAGAACCUGCUGACGCGGACGAUGGAGGGGAAGAAGCGGCAGCUGUACAUGGUGUCCAAGGAGCUGCGGGGCGUUCUGCUCAACAACAGCGAGAGGAUGAAGGUCAUCAACACAGGUAUCAAAGUCUUGUGUCGCAACAACGGUGGUGAGGAUUUUGACUGCGCCUUCCGGUUGGCCCAGGAGGGGAUCUACACGCUGUACCCAUUUAUUAAGUCACGGAUUGUCACUGUGUCCAUGGAAGACGUGAAAAUACUGUUGACCCAGGAAAAUCCGUUUUUCAGGAAACUGAGCAGUGAGGCAUACAGCCAAGCCAAGGACCUGGUGAAAGGGAGCAUUGUCCUGAAGUAUGAACCAGAUGCAAAGGACCCUGAAGCCCUCCAGUGCCCCAUUGUCAUGUGUGGCUGGCGUGGCAAGACCUCCUUCCGCACCUUUGUGCCCAAGAACGAGCGGCUGCACUAUCUCAGGAUGAUGGGAGUGGAGGUGCCAAUGGAGAAGAAGAAAGGAGUCGCCGUGCCUGCUGGCGAGAGCACCACUGACCCUGGGGCAGCAGAUGGGGGGACACCUGGGCAUGGCAGCCCAGACGAGGCCAUGGACCAGGACCCAACCGUGGAUGAGGACGUAGCCAGGGGGGGCAGCCCAAAUGAGGCAGUGGACAGGAACACAGCCGGGAAUGAGGAUGCAGCCGUGGACAGGGAUGCAGCUGGGGAGAAGGAUAUAGUCAUGGAUGGGGAUGCAGCUGGAACUGGCAGCCCUAAUGAGACAGUGGGCUGUGAUGUGGCAGAGAAUGUCCUACCGCAGUGA